UGAGUCAUGCAAGAAGUCUAGGAGACGACAUGAGAAACACGUGGACCCUUCUCUUAAAACUGCCCCACUUACUCACACCUCCCAACACUCACAACUCACAAGUCACAUCUUUGCCCUAAUUAACGUUUCUUUUACUUGCUUGCAUUUCAUCUUCCCCUAAACAAUUUUUAUAAACUAUCGUAUUAUCGGAUCCACAAUCCAAGGUUUUACAAGAUUCAGAUCAUUCGCCUUGGAUUUCUGGGAGGAAUGAAGUUGGUGUGUGUGUGAUUAUUGGAGUAAAGGUGUUGCCUUUUUUGGUAGGUUUUUUUUAAAUGGAAAUUCUUGAGAGUUUGAAAACACUUGUUGAGGAUACUGUUAUGUCGAAAAUGGAGAAUCAGCAAAACCCAUGUGGGGAAACACUGAAUGGGGCUUCUGGGUUGAUGGCUGGUGAUGAGGUUGUGGUUGGUGGUGAUGCAGUUGAGGGAGGAAUUGACAAUGUUGAGGUGGGGAAUCAGGGGUUGGGUGUUGGGGGGGUCGUGGGGGGUGGUGAAACGGGGGUAUCGAGUGGUGGAGUGGGAGGGGAUGGGGUUGAGGAUGGGGAAAAUUGUUGGGGGUUUGGGGGAAUGGAGAGAGGGAUUUUGGGCAAUGAGGUUGUUGAGGGUGGGGAUGAACCAGGUGGAGUUGGUGAUGUGGAGGCGGUGCAAUACGGCUGUGGAAACGGAAGUGGGUAUGAGUUGGUUCCAGAUGUUUGUUUAAGUAAUGUAGGAAAUGACGAGAUUGGGGUUGACAUGUUGGUGAUGCAGGAGGUGUCGGUUGAAGAAGAAGUUGCUGAGAAGGUUUUAGUGCAGGAGGAGAUUCAAGACGCUGGGGCUGAGAAGGUUGUAGUGCAGGAGGAUAUUCAAGACGCUGGGGCUGAGAAGGUUUUAAUGCAGGAGGAUAUUCAAGAGGUUGGGGCUGAGAAGGUUUUAAUGCAGGAGGAUAUUCAAGAGGUUGGGCCUGUAGUGCAGGAGGGGAUCCAAGACGUUGGUGCGGAGAAGGUUGUAAUGGAGGAGGAGAUUCAAGAUGUUGGGGCUGAGAAUGUUGCAGUGCAGGAGGGGAUUCAGUUUGUAAUGCAGGAGGAUAUUCAAGACGUUGGAGCUGGGAAGUUGCAGGAGGGGAUUCAAGAUGUUGGACCUGAGAAGUUGCAGGAGGGUAUUGAAGAGGUUGGGGAUGAAGAUGUGGUAAUGCAUGAGGAGAUCGUAGAGAUUGAGGCUGGGGAUGUGGCGAUGAAUGAGGCGAUUGAAGUUGAAAUGGAGGGGACUGAGAAGGUGGUAAUGCAGGAGAGGUUUGAAGUGGUCGGGGCUGAGAAGUUAAUUAUGAAGCAAGAUGCAGUUGGCGAUGAUGAGGUGUUAAUGCAGGAGGGAAAUGAAGAGGUUAAGGCUGAGAAUUUAUUAGUGCAGGAGGCAGUUGAAGAGGUAGGGGCUAUGAAGGUGGUGAUGCAGGAUGGGGUCAAAGAUCAGUAUGCUUCACAACAGAAUCUAGUUGACUCUGGCAACAAAAUAGAUGUUUCUACAUCUGGUAUUUCUCUAUAUGUGGAUGUUUUUGGUCAAGUAGAUAGCGGUGUUCGAGGUGAUCAUUCUUGUACGGUGGAACAGGGAUCAUUUGAAAGAAGUUCAAAUGCAGAAAAUUUGUUGAAUGGAAGUAGUGCACUAUUGCCUGAGAAUGGAACUAAUGGUAACACUCCAGAAGUUAGGGACUCUAGUAUAUACAAGAAUGCGGAAGUAGGGAGUGAUGUGAAUUGUGAGGCCAUUGCUUGCAACGGACAUAGGUUUAGUGUUGGUGAUCUAGUGUGGGCUAAAACCAAUACUCAGUUAUGGUGGCCUGGAGUGAUAGUUCAGCAUUCUGAUCUUUCAAAUGACUCUGCGAAGGGGGAGGAGGACCAUUUUCAGGUUAGACUCUUUGGGAGUGGUAAUGUAUUGUGGGGAAGGAACUGGCAGUUGAAGCCUUUUCACGAGUUUUUUGAUCAGAUAUCAAGGCAGGGCAGCUCUAAAAGCUUCUAUUAUGCUGUUGAGAAGGCUGUUGGUGAGAUUGGUAGGCGGGUAAAGUUGGAAAUGACUUGCCCUUGUUAUCUGGAAGAAAGUAAGAUAACUGAUGUUACAGGAGGUGAAAUUUCCAAAAAGAGAGCUUCUAAACUCGAGGAACUGCCAGUGCUUCAGUUCGAACCUGAAAAAUUACUUGCACGCAUCAGAUGUUUGGCCCGGGAUAUUGUUUUUCCUUCUACAAUAGAGAGUAAAAUCAUCCAAAGUCGUCUAUCAGCCUUCUAUCGUUCUGUUGGUCACCUUCAACUGCCAAUUCAUCAACUCAAGCCAACUGAUGCUAAAAGUGAUGAUCAGAAUGUAGUGGCAUCGGAAGUUAUUUCAAGCAAGCAGGCAUUAAAGUCCAGAACCAGAUCCAUUCAUCAGGAUCCAGAUGAUGAUAAAAAUGAAGCUUCUGGUAGAGUACUUUCAGCAGAGAUGAAAUUGGCCAGCCCCAUCUUAUCUACAGAGUUGUCUGGAGAUAAAGUUGACAGUGUGGAGCUCCUUGACUGUGGUACUAACGGGAAGCUUGAAAAGAGCUAUGAAUCAAGGGAACGCCGAAAGAGCAAGUAUCUAUCAUUUCCUUAUGUUGAUCCUAGCCAGGUAUCUAAAAGUUUGAAUAAUGAAGAAGGAAAUGAAAUGGCAGAUCCUUCUGAUGAGACUUCUUUGUCUGUCCGUACAGUGAAAUCUCGUGACAAGAAGAGAAAGAAAAGUCCAUGCAGGAAAAGCACUGUCCACAAUAUAUAUGUUCCAGUUGUUAUAAAUGCUUCUUCAGCUGAGUUGUUAUCCAAACUGAGAUAUACAGCUCUAGAUUGUCUAUAUCCUAAUGAAAGUAAACAGUUUGAUAUCAUGCAGUGUUUUGUUUCUAGAUUCCGGAAAUAUGCUUUCCACGCCUUUACCCAUGAGAUAAGAAAAGAAGAGGAUACUGUUUGUAUGGAAUUUGAGAAUGAGAUGGGCCUUUUCAAAACUCUGUCUGAAAUUGAAAAUCAGACAGAGAAACAAAUUGAGAAGGAAGCAAGAAAACGUGGGACCCCUGAAGCAGCCAUGGCUGCACCGGAUGUCAGUGAAACUGUGGGAAUUGGCUUGCUAGAAAAGGAUUCAAAAAUAAAAUUUAUGUCAAAAUGCAGAAAGAAAGAAACUACAAGCCCACUAGGUUUGAAUACAAAACCUACUGACGGUUUUCCGGGAAAUAUUUCAAGCGGCUCAAUUGUGAUAGAUUUUCAGACAGAUCCUUAUGCAUUGGAAAGCCAAACUUUACCAAAGAAAAGGACAAGGAAGACAAAGAAAACUCCAGGGUGCCCUGAGAUUAAAGUAAUGGCCAGACCAGCAGAUUUGAAAGGAAGUAAUGUUGUUGCUCAGUUAGAAGAAUCGAGUGCUGCACGUGUUUGUACUCCUAAUGAAGAGAAAUCUGAGCGUAAAAGGAAAAAGGUGGCAACUUCUAGCAAUCACCCUAUGACUAAUGGGGCAGAUUUGCCCAAUGAGAAUGAAACUAUUGGAGCUGAUGGUGCGGUAUUGAAAGAGAUUGAGGUCAUGGGACCUUAUUCACUCCAAAAUAUUCCUGGCGUAAAUAAGGAAGGAACAAAUGAGCCAUUUUCUUUGCACUUAAAUGCUGUACUUGCUCCUGAGCAACCAGAUGUCCAUAAGAACACUGAAACUAGUUCAGUCAUGGAAGGUAUACAGCAGACAGGCAUGCUCUCUACUGUUAAACCCGAGUUGAAAAAAAGAAAGAGACAGCAAAAGGCUGCAAACUUUACUUCUGCCAUACCGGAUUUGAAUGGAAAUACUACUGAAAGCCAGCUAUCUGAAGUAAAACCGAAGAGAAAGAGUAGAAAAAAGAAAACGGAUUCUGGAUUAUUGGAUAUUAAUCUCAGUAUCAGUGAGGCCCAGACUACUGGAGAAGUUAUAGGAACUGCCCUCCUCUUAAAAUUUGCUCCAGAAGCUCCCAUGCCAACACCAGAAGACCUGACAUCCGCAUUUUGCACAUUUGGGCCAUUGAAGGAUUCUGAAACAAAAGUUUUUAUCGAUUCCGGUACUGCCCAGGUUGUGUUUAUUAACUCCUCUGAAGCUAGAACUGCCUUUUGCAGCUUAGAGAAAAACAGUCCUUUUGGCUCAGCUCUUGUGAACUACCGCCUCCAAGUUCUAUUUGCUGCAUCAGGGGUUUCGGGAUCGGAUGGUGGCCUCAACAUGCAUCAGGUUUGGCCUGCUGAAAAAGUGAAGAGCCCCCGAAAGCCUAGGACUGCUAAAAAGCCCAAGAACCUGGUUAAACCUUCUACUAUCAGUGAACCUCAAGGCAAGAGCACAGAGGCUCCUGAUCUCCAGUUUGUUAGACAGAAUCUUCAGAUGAUGACGUCAAUGCUAGAGAAUGCUGGAGAUAAUAUAUCGCCAGAAAUGAGACUGAGGUUGGAGACUGAAAUUAAGUCCCUUCUAAACAGGGUAACGUCCAUGGUUGGUUCAUCUUCCUCGUAGGAUAGUUUGCAAGUUCCAAGACUGUAAGACUUUCUAUUUUGGCGUCCACUGUAAGUCAUAACAUGGAUGUUUCUGGGCACCCUUUAAUCAUGUCCUUGCGUGUAUUGCGCCUCCUUUUCAUGUUAUAAUGUACCAUGAUGAACGGGUUCUUUCUUAUGGCUUAAUAGGUAAAAUAGUCCUCUAGACUUGGUGUAAUAUAUUUGUGGUUGCUACUUCCCGGUAGGAACAUUAUCUGGACAUGUAACUUUGCAUGUACUUCCCUAUGUUGAUCUAAUAAUCAUUCAGGAUUUCGCACCAGUAAAA